ACUCAUACAAACAACAUAUUCUCACUCCUCCCUAUGAGCUUUUGCCUACUUAGUCGUUUAACCUUCUGAUCACCAAACAUGUCUGGGGUUUGGGUUUUCAAUAAUGGCGUCGUCCGGUUGGUGGACGGGGCGAAUUCCUUGCAAGGCUCCAACGCCCGGGCGCGUAAGGUGCUCGUCCACACUCCAACUGACGAGGUCAUCAGUUCUUACGCCGUGCUCGAAUGCAAGCUGUCCACGCUCGGUUGGGAGCGAUACUACGACGAUCCGGACCUUCUUCAGUUCCACAAACGAUCCACCGUCCAUCUCAUCUCUCUCCCCAAGGAUUUCAGCAAGUUCAAGUCCAUGCACAUAUGAAAAAGAUUGAUCUAAAAGGUUGGAAGUGAUGUGGAAUUUCAUUUGGCAUAAAUAUGUAGCAUUCUUGGCUUCGAUGGAUGCCUUGUUGACUGGACUAAGAGAGGAAGGGGCAACGCCUACUCGCUUAAUUUGCUUUGUAUUCUUUCAUGGUCUGUAAGAUGUGUCAAAGAUCCUUUAUUUAUUCAUUGAAUACAACGAGAUAUUUAUAUUAA